AUGAAGCGGUUUGUGGAGGGCUACCGUGCAGAGCUUCAGACUGAUGACGCGUUCACAGCUGGGCAGCGCCGCUGCGGUGCCAACGGUACACUGUUGUAUGCACCUUUGGAUGGAUUGCUUGCCGUCAUGCAGGAUAAUGAACAUGCUCAAUUGGCUGUUAGCAGUGUGUUGGGAGGUGCAAAAGCCGCCAUUGCUUCGCAGGAGCAUGAUGCGCCGGGUAUGGUGACGUUACGUGUGCUAAAUACAUCCAUAGCUGGGGCACAUGACGCUCUAGUGGCAGAGCACAAUGAGCGUCGGGUCCAUUUUGUGGGUGGGGUUGUGACGGAGGCGAUGCUGGGCGUGGGGAGUGUGGCCUUCAUCGACCCGCUGCAGCUCGAGCCGCGGCUGAACAGGUUCCGUCGGCACGUGCUCCACCUGUCGCCGACGCUGGAGCAGCAGUUCUUCGUGCUUGCGGAGUACCUCGGAGACACGGGUGUCCGCGAGGCGCACGCGGUGGUCCGCGGCGAGGAGGCGGCGGCGGUGGCGGAGGUGCUGCGGCGGUCGCUGGUGACGUUUGGCGGGUCGCUGCGGUCCGCGACGCUGCUGGCCGGCGGCGACGCGCUGGCGGAGAACCUUCCGGAGGCGGGCGACGUGUUCGUGGCGGGCCUUGCGGCCGGCGACGUCGCUGCGGUGGCGCGGCACGUGGCGUUGCACGACGGCGUGCGCGUGUUCGUCGCGUUCUCCGAGUUUGCGCUGCUGCACGCCGACUUCGCCGCCGCGUUCGGUGGCGGUGCAGGUGGCGCCGACCGCGUUGUGUUUGCGACGAGCCUGCCGCACUGGGACGACGCGAACCCGACGUCGGAGACCGCCCGGGAGUUCCUCGCCGCUGUGCCCAACGCCACGCAACGGACGCCGCUGGCGCUGAUGGGCUUCGCCGCCACGCAGCUGCUGCGGACGGUUGUCUCCCGCAUGGACAAGGUGAGCGCUGCGCUGCUGACUGACUUCUUCUACACGAACGUCGCCAUCACCGUGAAGGACAUGCUGUACGGCUCCUUCGUUAACGGCACGGCGUGUGGUGCGGCUGUGGCCGGUGGUGCUGGGUGCGGCAAGAACUACGGGGCGACGCUCAUUUCUGUGUGGUCGCUUGCCCGUGCGCUGGACCCCGCCGUGCCCGUGCUGUUCCCCGCCGUGACCCCGACGAUGGAGUACGCGGAGCCCGUUGCGCGCGGACUGACGGAGCCGCAGCUGAUCGGCACCAUCGUCGGCAGCGUCGUUGGCGGCCUGUUGCUUGUGGCCGUGGCGGCUCUGCUGCUGCGCUUCUGCCGCGGCUCACGCGACAACGCGAAUGCGCCGAAGGAGCCGACGGACCCCGUGACGCUCGUGUUCACCGACAUCGAGAGCAGCACGGCGCUGUGGGCUGCGUGCUCGGAGUUGAUGCCCGACACCGUGGCGACGCACCACCGCCUGAUCCGCGCGUUGAUCGCGAAGUACCGCUGCUACGAGGUGAAGACGGUCGGCGACUCGUUCAUGAUUGCGUGCAAGAGCGUGUUCGCGGCGGUGCAGCUGGUGCGGGAGCUGCAGCAGGUGUUCCUGCAGCACGACUGGGAGACGGGCGCGCUCGACGAGGCCUACCACAAGUUUGAGGAGGGCAGGGCGGAGGAGGACGCGGAGGAGUACGUGCCGCCGACGGCGCGCCUGGACGCCGCGGUGUACCGGCAGUACUGGAACGGCCUGCGGGUGCGUGUCGGGGUGCACACCGGGCUGUGCGACAUCCGGCGCGACGAGGUGACGAAGGGGUACGA